AUGACGCGCACCGAGCCUGCCCAUAGCAGCAUGUCGUGGGAGACCAAAAGUAUUGCUGCUACUGAUGAUGGCAACCGAAUUGAGUCGGUCGGCCAAGAUCCUCGGCCAAGAGGACGAAUCCGCCGGUCGAUGACCGCGUGCAAUACGUGUCGCAAGCUGAAGACCCGCUGCGAUUUGGAUCCGCGUGGCCAUGCAUGCCGUCGCUGCCUUUCACUCAGACUCGAAUGUGAACUACCGGAAACCCAAGAUCGUUUCUUCCAGGACAAUGCGUCGACAUGGUCCGAAGCUAAUGCCGCCAUUCCCUCUAUUGAAGAGCGGCUUGUCUCACUGGAACGCGGCAUGGGCGAAAUGAUACAUCUGAUGCGGCAGAUGGUAAAUCAACCGUCCAACGCCUCCGGCAGUCCAAGUUCCUUUGCAGGUCGGGGCUUGGAUGAAACGUCCAACGAGAAUAAUGGCCCGGUGCCCUCGUUCUCGCUCAAGCCCGUUCAACUCAUUAGAGACCUGCAGAUCGAAUGCUUUAACGGACGAGAGAACUUCCCCACCGAUGUCGAUCUCCUGGGCGACAUCGUUUCCCAGGGAAUCAUAGAUGCCAAACUAUCUUUGAAACUUAUUGAACUCUUUGUGGAGUACUUUAGUCCGUGGGUGUCAAUAGAUCUUUCAUCUGGCAUCCAGCGGACGGAUACUCUUCUUUUCAACACUGCCUGUCUACUUGCUUCUCGAUACCUGCCCGGCAUGCCUUCAAACACCGUCCAUGAAAUCUCCCUUCAAGUGCAGCAUGCCGUAACCAAAGCGAUGUGGCGAAAAACGCCCUUGUCCAAUGAAUGCCUCCAGGCACUGGCACUUCUCUGUCUAUAUCCUACGUCCGGCCACAAGGAGGGAUUCAUGGACGGCUGGUUGUUGAGCGGGAUCUCAAUCAACCACGCCUUACUUUCUUUCUCUUUUCUCAACCAACCAUCUAAUAAUAAAAGCCUUUUGAGCGACGAGAUGCUUUCUCAACUGCGUCUCUGGAACACAUUCUGUCUUACCCAUUUACAUUCUGCCCUCGGCUAUGGCCGUGCCAUCAAUGUGCAGCCACAAUACCUCGAUCACUGCGUUCGCAUUCUGGAUCAUCCCAGAGCCACCUCUGAAGAUGGAAGAAUCCUCGCAGAGAUUCAACUCUACCGAAUUGCAUUGAAACUCCAAAAUAACCCUCAACGGCUCCGUUUCGCCGAGCCCGAAUACGAGGAGAUUGAACGCUGGAAAGUGGAAUGGGCUCACCUGCUCACCAACGAAGGCCAAUCGACCCUCGAACUAAGCCUCUGGUUCACCCAACUCCUUCUACACCGUACAGCAACCCGCCUCCAACCAGAAUCCGACCGCCUAGCACCCGAAAUAUGCAGCAACGCACGGCUGAUCUUUUCCCGCUCCCUGCAAACCCGCUUCUCAGCCGCACCAGGGCUAAUCGAUAAUGUCUACUACAUCCUCGGCUACGCCGCACUUACACUCUGCGACUACAACCCCUCCGACCCGCUCAUCAACCAAGUGCGCUCGUUCCUCUUGCACCUCGCCCCGAACAGCGACCACAUUGCGUACAGAAUCGCCUACAUCGUCAGCGAAGUUCAGCGCCGCUACGGUGAAGGUGCUUCGGACCAGGCGUCCCCAGGUGCGGACGUGAUGAAGACUGGAAUCUUCGCGGCGCCUCGGACGGAGAACAUCGAUCUGUCGCACCUUAUUACUGCAGGCUCCAUGGAGAGUCUUGUUGAUGGGUAUGGGUGCUUCGAUCAGCUUAUCCCGGCUGGGUAUGUGCCGCCGCAACCGCCCUUCCAGGCGCAGACUAUGUUCCAGCAGUCGACGCAUGUCGUAGGCGGGUCGAUGCCUGUUAGUCAGGUGCCGAGGAUGAUUCAUGACUUUUGA